UUCUGACAACAUUCCAAGGCUUGAGAAAGUAAUAGGGUUAUAAGAAGAUUAAGGCUGACUGAAACUGAUCAUUAUCUACAAUUCGCUAAAAUGUACGUGCAAAUAGAGACAGAAAAGAAUGUAGAGAACGAAAGUAUUCUUGUGGAUUUAAGAAGUGACACACUAAGCAAACCCACCAAAGCGAUGAGAAUGGCAAUGUUAAAUGCAGAAUUAGGCGACGACGUUUAUGGAGAGGAUCCCACUGUGAUAAGACUAGAAGAAAAAGCUGCAAAGCUGCUCGGAAAAGAAGCCGCACUUUUCGUUACAUCUGGAACUAUGGGAAACUUAAUAGCGAUUAUGAAUCAUUGUGAUGUUCGAGGAAGCGAAGCUUAUUGUGGGGAAGAAUCACACACAAUGUUGCAUGAACAAGGAGGUGCAGCUCAAAUAGCCGGAGUGACACUUUGUCCAUUGGCCAACAAUCGGGAUGGAACUUUUGAUCUUAAAAAACUGGAAUUAAAAAUUAAAGGAGAUCGACAGCACGAACCGAUUUCAAAAUUAGUCAUUGUUGAAAACACUUUCAACGGGAAGAUUGUCCCACAAACUUGGAUCCAGGAUCUCGCUAAAAUAACUAGGAAACACUCCCUCAAAUUACACAUGGAUGGAGCCAGAUUAUGGAACGCGUCUGUAGGUUCCGAUGUACCUGUUGCGGAAAUUGUUUCCGAAUUCGACUCGGUGACUUUCUGUCUGAGUAAAGGCUUAGGAUCACCAGCAGGAUCUCUUCUUUGCGGAUCAAAGUCGUUUAUCGAGAAAGCCAGAAGAGGAAGAAAAGUUUUGGGCGGUGGGAUGAGGCAAGUUGGAGUUCUUGCUGGAUCUGGUUUGGUGUCUUUGGAAGAAAUGGUACCGUUGUUGAAGGAAGAUCAUAGAAGAGCCGCCAAGUUAGCCAAAGCGAUCAACGAUCUGGGAUCGAAGGCUUUUAGUGUUGAUUUAAAUGAGGUGCAGACAAAUAUGAUUUUCGUAAACAUUUCUUCGGAGAAAGUAACUUCUGCAGAUUUUGUGCAGAGACUAAAGAGUGUUGAGAGUGAUGAUCCUGAUGAUAAAAUCAUUGUUCGAGGCUUGGCUUUGACACCAACCUCAGCGAGAUUUGUCACAUAUUAUGAAAUCAAUGAUGAAUUAGUUGAUGCUGCUAUUAGGAAAUUUUCCUAUGUUGUGAAACAACUGGAGUGACUUUAUUUUCUGACCAGAAUUUCCAGUUUUCUGACCCAA